AUGUCCGAAACGAAUUUUUCUUUUUCCUCAACAAACCAGUCUGGGUCUGGUAUAAGAAGAAGAGGUAAUAGAUGUUGGUGUGAGCUUGAGUCACCGUUGAUGACGUCAUGGACAUACGAUAAUCCCGGAAGAAGAUUUCAUGGUUGUGGUAAUUUUAAGGUGAUGAGGAAAAAAGGAUGUAAUUAUUUUCAGUGGUUUGAUGAAGACAUGAGUACGAUAAUCCCGGAAAAAGAUUUCAUGGUUGUGGUAAUUUUAAGGUGA